UCGCCGUCUCCGGCUCCAACACCCGGUCGUGGCGGUGCCCGGCGCUGGGGGUAGUGGGGACACGUGGGUGCCGGCCGGUCCCUGUGCCGGAGCGGGGUGUCCCCCAGCCCGGGGUGCGGACGGCGUGACCGGGGAAUUGCUGGGGCGCUGCUGUUCAGGGGCUGCGGGAAAGAAGCUCUGGCUUUGGCCGUGGCCUGACUCUCUCCUUGCUUUGCCAGGGGCUUUCCAGGGCUGCGCGAUCGCUGAGCUUGCGGCGGAGCCCGGACACCGCCGAGUUGUGUGUUGCUUGGGGUGCUGGCCCCAGACCAGCUCGCUGGGACGGGCUGCUGGUUGUGAUCCUGACUUCCUGGCAUUCUUGGAGAGGUUUGUCUUUCGGAUAGCAGAGCCUGGCUUAUUACAGACGUGUUUCCUGCACAGCUGGGACAGCACAGGCAGAGUGUAGAUGCCAGUUCUGGAGCGUGUGUGCUCUGAGGAAUCCAGCUGCUUUCAGGAAAAGGCAGGCGAUUCCUGGGAUAAGCCAUGUCGGAGGCUGUGGACCUGUCUUUCCUGUCGGAGGCAGAGAGGGAUAUGAUCCUGCAAGUCCUGCAGCGAGAUGAAGAGCUCCGCAAGGCUGAGGAGAGAAGGGUCAGGCGACUGAAGAAUGAGCUGCUGGAGAUCCGGCGCAAAGGGGCCAAGCGGGGCAGUCAGCGCUACAGCGAGCGGACAUGUGCCCGGUGCCAGCAGAGCUUGGGCCGCGUGAGCCCCAAGGCCAACACCUGCCGCGGCUGCAACCACCUGGUGUGUCGGGACUGCCGCUCCUACAGCAUCAACAGCACUUGGCGCUGCAAAGUCUGCACCAAGGAAGCAGAGCUGAAGAAGACAACCGGUGACUGGUUCUAUGACCAAAGAAUCAAUCGCUUUGCAAACAGGCUGGGGAGCGACAUAGUGAGAAUGUCCCUUCGGCGCAAACCUCCAGCCAACAAAAGAGAGACUGUGGGGCAAACCCUUCUCCAGCAGGCACAGCCGAACGAUCCAAAAGACUCCCCCGUGGCAAAGCAGAAGAGUCCCCAGGAGCAACAGAAGGAGCCCAGCAUGCCUCCUGAAGCCUUGGACCCCCGAGAUGGGAAGAGUGAUACCGAGUCCAUGGAGAACAUGAGUCUGGAUGGGUACAGACCCAACGCCACUGGCACAGGUGUCAGCUCCAGGAGAAACUCCCUGGAUAAAACUGUUACUUUCCAAGAGGGGAAGCAAAGGCCUGGUCCCGUGGGCUCCAACGUAUCCACCUUGCCCAUCCCCACCCGCUCCAGAGACACUACUCCCUCCGGUUCAGAAAGUGAGGCUCGUGUGGGGAGCCAUGGUGCAGCAUCCGCAGAUGAGAAUGAAACCAUAUUCAAGAAGAAUCCCAGGAGGACCCUGAGGCCUGCAGACUACACCAAGUCAGUGAUUGAUCUGCGCCCGGAGGAGCUGGGAAGUGAAAGUGGCUCCAUGGGAGACAGAAGCAAGUCGGUCCCAGGUCUCAAAACUGAAGUGGAUGAGGAGGAGGAAGACAUUGACAACCUGGUGGAGAUCCAUCGCCGGAGGACGGCCAGAAGCAGCAUGCGCAGCGGUACCUCUUCGAGCACCCUGGGGAGCAUGGUCAGCAUUUACAGCGAGGCUGGUGACUUUGGCAACGUCUGUGUCACAGGAGAGAUCGCCUUCUCUCUGAGCUACGAGCACAAGACUCAGACCCUGUUCAUCCAUGUGAAGGAGUGUCGCCAGCUAGCCUAUGCUGAUGAGGCCAAGAAGCGCUCCAACCCAUACGUGAAGACGUACCUCCUGCCUGAUAAAUCCCGGCAAGGCAAACGCAAGACAACCAUCAAACGCAACAGUGUCAACCCGCUGUACAAUGAGCUGCUCAAGUAUGAGAUCAGCAAGUCCCUCCUGCUCACAAGAACCUUGCAGUUCUCAGUCUGGCACCACGAUCGCUUUGGCCGAAACACCUUCUUGGGGGAGGUGGAGAUCCCGAUGGAAUCCUGGAACUUUGAGAAUCAGGUGGAAGAGCGUCUCCCCCUGCAUGGCAAGGCUGGUGCUGACUCUGCUGGCUCCCAGCAGUACAGAGGAGAGUUGGUUGUUUCCAUGAAGUACAUCCCAUCUUCCAAACACCCAGGGGUGGGUAAUGGGAAAAAGGGCAAACGGGAGGAAGGAGGCGAACUCCAGGUCUGGAUCAAAGAGGCCAAGAACCUCAUAGCUGCCAAAUCUGGAGGGACCUCUGACAGCUUUGUCAAGGGCUACCUGCUGCCGCUCCGAAACAAGGCCACCAAGAGGAAGACUCCUGUGAUGAAGAAGACCCUGAAUCCUCACUACAACCACACCUUUGUCUACAAUGGCAUCCGCCCAGAGGACCUGCAGCACAUCUGUCUGGAGCUGACUGUCUGGGACCGCGAGCCAUUGUCCAGCAAUGACUUCCUGGGAGGAGUCAGGCUGGGAGUUGGGAAUGGUAUGAGUAAGGACCAGGUGGUGGACUGGAUGGACUCCACAGGAGAGGAGGUGAGCCUGUGGCAGAAGAUGCGCCAGUUCCCGGGCUCCUGGGCAGAAGGAACACUACAGCUCCGCUCCACCAUGGCCAAGCCAGGAGCAUAGCCAUAGCCUGGGCGCUGGGCCUGAAACCAGCUAUAGCAAGGCAGCACCAGGCGGAGGCAACAGAGCCAAAACCAUGGCACCAGCAAGGGCCACAUGUAGGAUCUAAGGGGGUGGGAGCAGGCUCUCUGGCUUUCACCUGUGUAGUAGUAAAGCUAAUUGUGUCUUCUGCAGGCUCAGCCUAACAGCCUGUUCUUGGCAGCAGCUUAUUUUAUGUAAAGGGUUUUUGUCUCCUAACUUGGCUGGAAUUGAAUUCCAUAGGGUCUCCCCCCUUGCAGGGGCUAAGUGCUUUUAAAACUUGUUUUUCUUAGUUUCUUCACCUCUCCCAUGUAGUUUGUUUGAUUGCCCCACCUACAGCUUCCACUGUUGUCUCCCCUUCUCUGUCCUCCUGGGAUGGUGUAGAUAGAAUCAGACUGUACAAACUAGAGGCUGCAUGAGCAUAAGCAAUCAAUAUUUGGUAUGUAGAGCGUGAGAAUACCCAGUGCUGUUGAGACACGGGCUGGUGUGGGGAGGGAGAAACAAGCCCCAGCCUGUUACAGGACUGUCCUCUGAUCAGGCUAUGGUGUUCGUGUCACUGGCAGAGGGGAAAGCAGCUCAGAGAGCUCUGUGCUGAUCUCUGCUGGGGGAGGUGGCGCUGAAACAAACAUCCACAUGCUGUCUCCUCUUGAGAGCAGGCAUGCUAUUGAUCUGAGCUGGUAGCUGGGUAUCAGUCAUUCCAGAACUGCAGGACUCCGGUGGGGCAGUGGUCUAUUUCCCCUUAUGCUGUGGGUUGUUAGCAAUCCUUACUGUUGCUUCUGCGCCCCCCCCCCCCCGCCAAGCCCUCCCCUCUGCCCAGCACGCCCGCUCCAGCUAUUUUACACAGAUUUAUUCAUUUAAAAUACAAAAUGUUGUGGGGGUCAAAACAGUGCCCAACAAGAGGGCAACAGCCCCUCUUGGAGGAAAGGAAAGGCAAAUUCUAGGGCAUGAGUUAAAAUCCACAUCAAGCAACUGUCUGGGAGGGCAGUCUUUGUACUGGCAGAUGCACUGUAAUGCCUGCUUGGUUACUGUGUCAAGGCUCACCACAAAGGGCCAUCUGUUUUAAUAAAGGUUUUCUUCCUGCUGCUGGUGGUGUCAGGACUAGUCAUUCACAGGGGCUGGCGGGGGGGACUUACUGCUGUCUCUGGGAGGGAGUUCCUGGAGCUUGGUAUGAAGGGCAGGGAGCAGCAUAGAGAGACCAGGAAAAAGCUGCUGCCACUAACUGUGAUGAGAAUAGAAUCUGGUCUGCCCCAGCCGGCUGCCUUCCACCGCAGAUUGUUGUCUGCUCUGCUUGUGUCCGGCUAUCAGUCUUAGCACUGCUUUGUGGCAGCAUGUCCUCGAGCUGUGUCCCCGAGGGUCUGCUCCAGGGAAGAGGUAGACUUUGAAACUUGCAGUUAGAUGUUUGCUGAGCUAAGGGACCCAUCGCUGCC